GUCUAGAGCAGAGAGUCUUAUUUGUCCCCAAGAAGGAAGGAGAGUUGCGUAUGCGUAUAGACUAUAGGGGUCUGAAUGCUAUCACAGUCAAGAAUACUGAACCACUGCCCAGGAUAGACGAUCUCUUAGAUCGGGUGCAGGGUUGCGAGUAUUUCUCCAAGAUAGACUUAAAGUCUGAAUACCAUCAGAUAGAGGUCCAUCCUAAUGACCAGUACAAGAUUGCGUUCCGGACUAGAUAUGGGCAUUAUGAGUUCAUAGUUAUGCCCUUUGGACUGACCAAUGCGCCAGCUACAUUUCAGCGAUGUAUGAAUGAUUUGUUUAGGCCUUGGUUGGAUAGAUUCGUCGUAGUUUACCUAGACGACAUUCUAGUAUUCAGUAGGACCCUCCAAGAGCACCAGGGUCAUUUGAGGCAGGUCUUGGAGAAGCUGAGAGAAGCUAACUUCAAGAUCAAUGCGAAGAAGUGCGAGUGGGCCAAGACACAAGUCCUGUACUUGGGCCACGUGCUAGACGGAGAUGGCAUUAAGCCUGAGGACAGUAAGAUAGCGGCGAGUAGGGAUUGGCCGACGCCCCGCACAUUGACAGAGUUGCGGUCGUUCCUAGGCCUAGCUAACUAUUACAGGAAGUUCGUAAGGAACUUCUUGACUAUCGCCGCUCCCCUUCACAGGUUGCUCAAGAAAGAGGCAAUUUGGCAAUGGGAUAAAGAUUGUAUGUCUGCACUAAAGAGGUUGAAGCGCGCACUAAUAGAGUAUCCUGUCCUCAAAGUAACAGAUCCGUCCUUGCCAUUUGUCGUCACCACGGACGCGAGUCAGUAUGGGAUAGGCGCCGUAUUACAGCAGGACGACGACAAUGGUUACAGACCCGUAGAGUUCAUGUCAGCCAAGAUGCCCUCAGCGAAGGUUGCUACCUCGACAUAUGAGAGGGAACUCUACACUCUCAGGCAGACUUUAGAGCACUGGAAGCAUUACCUACUUGGGAGGCACUUCAAGGUGUAUUCAGUCCACGAGACACUUAGAUGGUUGAAGACACAGGCCAAGAUGACACCUAAGUUAACUAGGUGGGCCGUUGAGAUAGACCAGUACAACUUUGAGCUCAAGCCUGUGAAGGGCAAGUACAAUGUAGUUGCGGAUGCUCUGAGUACUCUGGAGCCGUAGUUCACUAUCUGGACAUAGGGCGUGACCUGCAAGAGAAAGUUAGACAGGCGUAUUCGCAGGACCCUAUC